AAAGUGGCGUCGCGGAGAGAUGAAGCUGCAGUUCAUUCUGAUCGUCUGUUGCGCCGCUUUCUGCUUGGGAUCUCCUACCAAGAAAGUGCGACCCCUGCAGGGAGAUCUCUUCAACUGGAUAAGUUCCAUAGUUUUUUCGCCAACCACGCCCACGACAACCACUACCGCCGCCACAACCACAUCUACAAGGACCACCAGAGUAACCACAACCACUACAACUACGACUACCACCACCCCACCCCCUGUGGAAAGUCCGCCCAUUGAGAGGGACUGCAGCACCUGUCGCUGCGGUCUGAUUAAUACUCUGCACAAAAUCAUAGGGGGUCAGGAGACCAGGGUGCACCAGUACCCCUGGAUGGCCGUCAUCCUGAUCUACAAGACCUUCUACUGCUCCGGAUCCCUGAUCAACGAUCUCUACGUGCUGACAGCCGCCCACUGCGUGGAGGGAGUGCCCCCGGAGUUGAUGACCCUGCAGUUCCUGGAGCACAAUCGCAGCCAGCCGAACGAGGACCAUCGCAUCCAGAGAUCGGUCACCAGGGUGAAGGUGCACGAGCUGUACAAUCCGUGGAGUUUCGACAAUGACAUAGCUCUGCUGCGCCUCGACCAGCCUGUGGAUGUUACGAAUCCGCGCCUGCGACCGAUCUGCCUGCCCGUAUUCUAUCACAGCUUCGACCACGAAGUGGCCAUCGUCACCGGGUGGGGAUCUCAGAGGGAGGGCGGACCUGCCAGCGACACUUUACGGGAAGUGGAAGUGGUGGUCCUAACCCAGUCUGAGUGUCAGAAUGAAACAUCCUACAAGCCCGGACAAAUCACGGACAAUAUGCUGUGUGCAGGAAACACUGCGGAGGGGGGCAAGGACGCCUGCAGCGGGGACAGCGGAGGACCUCUUCAGACCGUCUUCGACGAAAUGCCGGGACAGUACCAGCUGGCCGGCAUAGUGUCCUGGGGAGUGGGAUGCGCCAGGCCCCAGGCCCCGGGGGUCUACACGAGGGUGAACCAGUACCUGAACUGGGUGGCCAAGAAUACGCCCGGUGCCUGCCACUGCAUGCCCUAUCCGGAGGAGGAUUAUUAGCAGAGUCGAAUGAAAAUAAACAAAAAUGUCCCAUAACAUCGAUCAUGGAAAGUUUGUAACUUGUUGGCCAAUUUUAAGCGAAUGCUGCAGAAACUGCUCCAGGGAGCAUCUCCCUCAUAUCCAUAACCACAUCCUCGACUGCAGCUAUUGGCAAAUAGAAAAGCCACUCGAAAACUGGGUUACAACACUCGAAGGCAAGCAGAGGCCCUUCUAGUUCCUCCUCCUUGGAGGAAAGUUUCGAAAGCCAA